AUGGGUCACUCCUACGGAAAGAGAGCGGGCACCCGCUAUGCCUUCAGCCGGGACUUCCGCAAGAAGGGCAUGAUCGCCCUGAACACCUAUCUCCGACAGUACCGCGUUGGUGAUAUCGUCGACAUCAAGGCGAACGGUGCCGUCCAGAAGGGUUUGCCCUACAAGGUGUACCACGGCAAGACUGGUGUCAUCUACAACGUCACCAAGUCCGCUGUUGGCAUCAUUAUCUACAAGAAGGUCAAGCACCGAUACCUCGAGAAGCGAAUCAACAUCCGAAUCGAGCACGUCCAGCCCUCGCGAUCCCGUGAGGACUUCCUCAAGCGGGUGAAGUCCAACGCCGAGGCCAAGAAGCAGGCCAAGGCCGACGGUGUCGCCGUCUCCGUCAAGCGCCAGCCCCUCGGUCCCCGAGAUGCCCAAACAGUCUCCCUGACCGACAACCCUCCCGAGACCCUCACUCCUCUCCCCUACGAGACUACGAUCUAA